AUGGCAGGCUUCCUGGUACCAGAUUACUACAAGCCUGAUCUGCCCAACAGGAAUGAUAUGAUCGUUGCCUCGAUUGCCUGGGGCUUCUCCCUGGGCACCCUGAUUUUCAACUUCGCCAAGGCCGUGGGACAGACCAGGUCGUCGUAUAGGCGGAGGAAAACGUUGACCGUCUACAUGGCCCUGGUCUGGGCAGAAAUCAUUUCCAGCCUCAUCCUCGGUGUCAUCUGUUGGCUGUACCUGCGCGGAUACAUCCAACCGAGCAUGCAAUAUUUCUUCUUCGUUAUUGUUGCAUGGUCGACGCAAGUACAAUGCCUCAUCCAAAUCAUCAUCAACCGAGUUGGCCUCCUCAUGGUUGUCCGUUCAAAUGCGACUCGACUCAAGUGGUUGUGCUUCCUCAUCUUGCUGGCCAUCAACAUCAGCGUCUUCUGUAUCUGGGUUCCUGCCCGUCUUCAGAUCAACGAGACGUAUAUCCACGUCAACAACAUUUGGGAUCGCUGCGAAAAGGUCAUUUUCGGUAUCAUGGACGCGGCCUUGAACUUUUUCUUCAUCUACACUGUGAAGCAACGCUUAGUUGCAAACGGUUUGACAAAGUACACCCGGCUGUAUCAGGCGAACUUGGUCCUCGUGACGCUUUCCAUUAUCUUGGACGUGCUCCUCAUUUGCAUGAUGUCUCUGCCCAAUGGUUUCGUCUACAUUCAGUUCCACCCCGUCGUUUACCUUCUCAAGCUUCAUAUCGAAAUGAACAUGGCCGAUCUCAUCGGAAAGGUUGUUCGUGCGAGCAACAACAACGCCGAUAGCAACUACGACUACAACCGAUCCAAAUCCGGCAAGACCACCUCCAAUACUCACCAUAGCCGCUUCGCAGGCACUCUUACUACCAGGACGCAUAUUGAGCUUGGCGACGAGGACGAACAAGAGCUGCAGGAGCGUGAGAAUCUCCAAGGAAUCAAGAGAACGGUCCAGACACGUGUGGUGGUGUUGGAUCCGCACGGGGACGAAGAAUCCAUUCCUGAGCACCACCAAAGAGCUGUCAGCGAGGCAAGCUCAUCACAAUGA